UCGCAACUACUCUCUUCCCAAUUCAGUUUGUGAAAGACGUUCAACGGGGUUCAAGUUUAAGAUCAGAGACCCUCCACCUGAGACCUUUGAUCAAGUUACUGCGACUUCGAUACUUGAUUCUCGACUACAAGACUUCUUUUACUUUUGCAGUCUGCUGGAUACUGAAGUCGAGAACCUUUCUUGAGACACAAAAUAGCUGGUUGAAUUUCUCAGCAGAACCUUCGUCGAAAUUCUUUAAAUCUUUCAUUUUUCUUUCGAGCUUGACCCACCAACGAGCAACGACGACCUCUUCUCAAAAUGGAGGAUAAAGAAGGUACACGAACAAUGUUGGCACAAGUCCGGGAGAAUUUCAGGCUUCUUGAGGUCGCAUCGGAACAACUCAACGCAUUUGCCGCCUUCAUUGAAGCUUUCUUCCUGAAGACCACCCUUUCCAACGAAAAUGCCAGGAACUUCCAAAAUUUCACAUAUCAUUCGAGACCUACUGUCUGCGAAAUCAUUGAAAUCUUCGGGGCUCAAGCCCAAGCGGCUGGAGACAAAGCCGAUCGGCUCGAGAGUGAUAUUCAGUUCAUGAAGCGAGUCAUGCUAUCUGAAGUAGUAUCUAUUAUGCAGCAAGAUCUUCGCGCGGUCUCGGAACUCAGGGUGACUCUUCAGCAUGUUCUCAGCCAAUGGAAGCUGUCGGACUUGGAUCAAAUCGAAAAAGGGCUGGAGUCCGCAAAUUCACAAGGUCUGAUAUCUAUCUGCGAGAAUAUAGCAAACCGUCGCCAUGAACAGCGUUACGUCCUUCACCAUUUCCAUAAGGUCAUCACGUCCGGACUCCUAUCGACCCAACUUGAAUUUGAUUUCUUGUCAGCCGAGACAAGCUCAUGCACGGGAGAUCAAGUCACCUAUGAGAAUAUUCUUCGAGCCGUUGAUUGGACUCGCGGAAAGGUCGAACUGCCAGACAUUGAGCCGAUCAUCAAAUCUUUCUUACGCUACUCUUUGAAAGCUGCAUUCGAAGACUUUGCACAACACAGACACAAGCUCGAUCAAUUCCUCAAAAAGAGUAGAAUUCCAUCGUUGGUCACCGAUAUUCAAAAGGUUGCUGCCAGUUCAGUCGUCUACCUGGGUCCUUACCCUAUGUUCAAGACACUCAACGAUGACAUCAUGAAGCUUUCAUGUAUCGCUGCCCUGUCAUGUAAGAAAGAGACGGAGGAGGAGAGGCCGAAGAAGCGAUUGAAGACUACGAAUGAGAAUGAUGAUCCCAAGCCAGCAGUCAAAAUCUUGAUCAAGACUACAGCGACAAAUAAGCAUGAUGCAACGAAAGAAAUUAGCGGCGGACCUUUGCGCCUUGUCCAAAAGCGAGGGAUACGCCCAGAAAUACGAACCCUCGAAAUUCCUACCAAGUUUCGAUAGAACUCCUAACAAUCUAGUACAGUUCUGCAGCUGCGGUAGAAUUCUGCGUGCCCGAGACGCUCCCAACCCGAUCAUAAACAAAGCGCGCAAAUUUUGUAUGCAUCGCAACUUCAAUGAUACUC